CUUGGCGCGCGUCCCUGUUGCUGCUGGGAAUGAGCGCACCGUCCCUGUGGUAUAAUCGCCAUGUAGUCCGCUAUGCCGCGGGUACAGAGCCGUCCGCUGUGAUGAAGCUGUGUGACGUGUCGCACCUGCCGUCUCCCCGACACUCCGCACUCUGUCUUCGCCGUGGCUGAAGAAGAUGGUGGCUGGCGGCUAGUUCCAACUUCGGACUCUGUGUGUUUUUUAGUCGGCGAAGCGCACUGGAAUCACUUGAGGUUUGCUGAGAUGACAGAAGUGGAGCCGGUGCUGGACUUCGCCUCCUCGGGGCGGUCGGGGAGGAGGAACGCCCUCCCGGACAUUCUGGGAUCCCCGGCAGGCAUAAACCCUGGAGACCUGCCGCUCAAGCUGGCUGAGCUGUCCCUCAAAGAUGGUCCAGGAGGGGCCCAGUCGCCCACGGCCGAGGAGCCUCCAGGGCCGACGCAGAGCUCGGAGGCGAAUGAGGGAUCAUAGGGACCCGUUUAUUUACCUCCCCGGAGACCUGAAGCGAUCACCUGAGAGGCGAGGCGAGGGGUGAGACAGGAGGAGACCUGUGGGGAACGAGUGGGACGAUCUGUGGCGAGUCAGCCUGUUUGCGAAGCAGCUGAGCCACACGGGGAGAGCGACGGAGCAACUCCCCAUGGACUGAAGCCUGGGGCUUAGGACUGUUUAACACUCAGCACUAUCUGAAAAGAAUGACUUAAUGAUUCAGUGAGUGUGUGUCGGUUAUAAGCUCACUGCUCAUAUUACACAGGGAAUCAAAGGGACAGAUGCAUACUGGGCACUAUUUUUCUAUCAACUCUCACUAUAACAUGUUCACCUUGCUUGCAUCUCCCGCUGAUUUGUCUUCUGUAGUGAUCAGUGUUACAGUAUUUUACGAUACAAUAGCAGGAGGAGAUUGAUGGAAGCCUGUAGUGGCUUCGGGCUUUUACGAUGCAAGACGGUCCAAAGCAGUAGAUUUAAGGAACCUGGGAACUCCUUGUGUUGUCCUGCACACCUUUGCUUUCAAACUAACCGUUGGAGCGAGACUGUUCUAGAGUACUGUAUAUCUACGUUGUAAAUGUGCAGUCUUUACCCGUCACCAGACUGUUUUUUGAGCCUAGCAACCACCUGGAGUCAGAUCCACUUUAAAGACAUCCUCGUGGCGCGAGAUGCUGCUACGAAGGUGCAUCGAUAUCUUGAGACAUUCCUUUAGAGAACCGUGUCCCACUGCCAACCAUGUACACGCUGCUUUAUUGUAAUACUGAGAUCUCCUUUUGAAAGUCUUCAUUUUCCCAAACCUCGUAAAAAUGUGCCUAGUGGCAGUGUACAGCUGAAAAUGUGUGCUGUGUUCUUUGUCUGUGAAGUAUUUGUAUUCACUAUUUUGGGCUACAGGUUUACAACAAAACACCACAAGGAUAGAUUCUACACAUUUUGGAGGGGGAGGGGGUGGGGUCUCUCCUUCUUUGGGUACGUGCUUUGUUCUCACAGCAUAUGCAGGCCGCCUGGGCAAGGAAGCAGGCAUCAAGCAACACCACAAUGUGUUUGGAGUGCCGGGAAUGGCAGCACGCUGGCCUCCUGCCUCUCCGCACAGGGGAGAGUCUGUUCGCACUCAUCAACACAUAAGUAGAGCUGUGAAUAGAGCGCAAGACGCAGCGCGGGGUGUGCACUCACUGCUACCGCGUGUAGAGUAUACUGUCCAAGUGUGACCCACGUGUGUCCGAGAUGAUGCUUCUUUGAUUAUAACAGAUUUUAUACCCGCAAAGACACGAUGUGUUUCUGUGUUUGUCUCUAUUUGACCACGUGCUCUCGGUGGCAGCGUCUUAUGUGGAUGUGCUUCACAAACGCAUUAAUCCCAACGUGCCGCAACACCUCUGGUUUUCAUGUUGUAUACUACUAAAGCUAAUGACAACGUGUUCACGUUCAGUCCGGAGCUGCCUCCACGGGGGCCCAUGACUCUGAGGUGUGUUUUAUAGUGUUCUGAUCUCUCAGUGGUGCAUAUGUUUUACAAAGCUGGAUUGAAUCCCUGCUGUUGAUUCUACCUGCUGGUGAACAUCGCCAUAAUAAACCCAUAGGUUUUACACAUA